AUAGCAAUUCGUGAGAGAUACUGGAUAAGUCGACAUCCGGGAGAUCGGCAUCAGUGAUCAGUGGGGUGACGUCACAGUCGGUGCCGACCAAUGGGGUUGUAGCGGCUUUCAGUGAUGAACCGCCGGAGAUUUCUUUCUUCUUGCUUAUGAGCGGCACGGGACGCAGUUGCAGAGUCGCGCCGUGUAGAAAUCUCUUGGAGGAUUUUGUGUGUUACUCUGAAGACGAGCACGUGGUGGAGAACAGCGAGUUGGGUGUUGAGAUUCCGCCCUUUGGCUGCGCGUUCAGUAAAGCUGCAGGUUCAACUCACAUUCUAGCAAUAGCAGAUGAAGAUGGUUUUGUCAAGCUCAUUGAUACCAACAAGAUGGUAGAGUUUUCUACCAUUGCAGAAUGGUCAGCACAUAUGAAUGCAGUGUUUGACCUGGCCUGGAAUGAGACUGAGCCGAAAUUGUUAACCGCAUCUGGUGACCAAACGUGUGUUCUGUGGGACACAAUCCACCACACACCCAUCACUAAAUUUAUCGGUCACCAGAGCAGCAUCAAGUCGAUUAACUUUAGGAGAAACGAUGCGAACGUAUUUGUUAGUGGCAGUCGUGAUGGCAACAUCAUGAUAUGGGACACUCGUUGCAACAGACAAGCAUCAGUUGCUUCAACGUUAAUUAUUGCCAAUGCUCAUGUUCCUUUACUGCAAGUUGCUGGAGGUUCCAAACCGUCUCAAAACAAGCGUCGGAGAUCAGGAUUGACGAAACAGAAAUCAUUUGGACGUGGAGAUCACAAAAGUGUUACAUGUGUCUUGUUUCAACAUGACCACACUGUUGUCUCAGCAGGAGCAUCAGACAAUGAGAUCAAAUUUUGGGACAUUCGGAAGAUCAAUGUUACCGGCAAAGAGCCGACGUGUUGGGAGAAAUUUCCGUAUGCUGGCAGGAGACAGAGACAGCAUGGGUAUUCAUCGCUAGUCUUGGAUUCAACAUGCUCUCGAUUAUUUGCCAGCUGUACCGAUGAUGUCAUUUAUGUGUACAGUUGUGUGAAUUUCAGUAAGGAGCCGUUGUGUUCAUUUCACGGUCAUCUGAACUCGACGUUCUAUGUGAGAUCCGCCCUCAGUGCAGAUGACAGGUUCUUAUUGAGUGGAUCAAGUGACAACCAUGCAUACAUUUGGGAUGUCAAUUCGCCAGAUAGCCCACCAUACACUCUCAUCGGUCACACAAUGGAGGUCAGCAGUGUCACCUGGUCGCCUCAAGACUUCACAAAACUCAUUACUUGCUCAGACGACUGCUCAGUCCGAGUAUGGCGAAUCGAUCGAAACCAUGACAAACACACCGACACCCCCCAUCACCGAGUGGUUGGGAAAUGCCAACUAAAAGACGUCAGUUUAAUAAACAUAGAAAGUCAAAGCAGCGUGUCGUCGCCAACAAGUGUGACAUCACCAAACUUGAUAUCAACCAAGAAUUCAGUAAAUACCUCAAUUUUGAAAUUCAUGACCGGUAAACAUACACACGCUCUGAAACUUGAUUUAAUUGGUGAAGACAAAGAGAAUGAGUCCGUGUUGUCGAACUCGUUGGAAUCAGACCUGCAGUCGGUAGAGAGCGGGUAUGGAUCACUGGAUACAGACGAACAUCCUUGUAAGCGAGUGAAGGAUGAGUCAAGCGAAUACGACGACUCUGUGCCAGCGGGCUGUACAAACAGCAGCAAUAAACGACUCAAACUGGUGACUAUCAACCAGAUUCUACAGCAACAACACAAACCUGGUAUUGGUUGCCAUGGUAAACACCUCUCACCGAACUUGUUGAGUAAUCCAAUGAGAGACGAGGAAGGUAGUCACGUGACGUGUGAUCAUGUAGAUACGGUAAGUAUGCAGAGCAGUGGGAGUCAGAAGAGAACGAUAUUCGAUUAUUUUGCUCCAAAGUUGGAUUAGAAUGUUUUACUUGUAUUUUAUCUUUUAAUCGCUUGGUGGUUAUGUGGACGUAGGUUGGUAGAGGAAAAAUAUUGAGGCGACCAUUGCUAGCA